AAAUAAAAAACUGAAUUAUUGUUUGUCCUUAUUAUUAAACAAAACUAAUAAGAGCGUUUUACGCGUUUGUGAACUUUGUGCCUUCUUCGUUUCCAUCGCCAGCAACAGCAAGCAAAAAGCUUGAAGCUUGAAGCUCUCUGCUCUGUUUUUCCAUAUAGGUUUUUUUUACCCUAAUCAUGGCUGCAUGUGGUUUUGGGGCUUCUGGCCUUAAAUUGACAACUUUGAAUUUGGGAUCCACCAAGCCCAAAUUUAGUGCAUGGCACAAUCUGAAAACGAAGAAAUUAGUUCAAACUGAUGGGUUGCUAUUAACCACGAAAUCAAGGAAGACAUUCAGCUGCCGGUGUUCAACUGUUGAAGCUGAACCUGCCGCAGCAGCAGCUAUUCCUAAUUCAGAUGAUAGUUCGAGAAAGGUCGUUUCUUCAGAAACUGCAAGUCCAUUGAUUCCAAACUCAUAUGAGGUGGAGUCUCUCCUUACAGAAAUAUGUGAUACAACCUCCAUUGCAGAAGUUGACUUAAAACUUGGUGGGUUCCGUUUAUAUGUGAAGAGAAACUUGACAGGGCAAACUACAACUUCAUUGCCUGCAAUAUCCAGUCCUGUCAGUAUUCCUUCACCUGUUGAAGUGGCUGAUUCAAAUGGCUCAGCCUCAUCAACAUCAUUAGCUAUCACAAAAUCUUCACCUCCUUCAGACGGAAUUCAGACGAUGAUUGACAAAGCUGCAGAUGAAGGCUUGGUGAUAAUUCAAUCUCCUAGGGUUGGCUACUUCAGAAGAUCUCGAACCAUUAAGGGAAAGCGUGCACCUCCAUCCUGUAAAGAAAAGCAACAAGUGAAGGAGGGACAAGUAGUUUUCUUUAUUGAGCAGCUUGGAGGCGAGCUCCCUGUUGAGUCUGAUGUAUCUGGAGAGGUUAUCAAGAUACUCCGAGAAGAUGGAGAUCCUGUUGGAUAUGGUGACCCUCUAAUCUCAAUCCUCCCUUCUUUCCCCGGUAUAAAGAAGCUUCAAUAGAUUGCUCUUGUAACAUAAGCCUUCUGGCCCCGAGUUUUUUUCUUUUUUUUUCUCUUUCCUAAAGAGAAUAGUGAAGUUGAAAAUUGUUGAUUGCCUUGUUUAUUCGUUUUAGUUUAAAUAUUUAUCUGGAAUCUGCACCAACAGUAUGAAAAAGGCAGAAAGUUUUUGAAUUUA